AAUACAGUGACCUAUAAUGAUGUGCAUGUCGACAUCACUCAGGAAGAGUGGGUAUUGAUGGAUCCUUCACAGAGGAAUCUCUACAAAGAUGUGAUGCUGGAGACCUUUAUGAACCUCACUGCUAUAGGCUACAACUGGGAAGAUCUUGAAGUUGAAGAACAUUUUCAAAGUUCUCAAAAGCAUGGAAGGCAUGAAAGAACACAUACUGGAGAGAAACCCUACGAAUGUAAUCAGUGUGGUAAAGCUUUUGUUCAUCACAGUACUCUUAAAUUCCAUGAAAGAACCCAUACUGGAGAGAAACCCCAUGAAUGCAAUCAGUGUGGUAAAUCUUUUGCUUAUCACAAUCAUCUUCAAGGGCAUGAAAGAACACAUACUGGAGAGAAACCCUAUGAUUGUAAUCAGUGUGGUAAAGCCUUUGCUCGUCAUAAUGCUCAUCAAAGGCAUAAAAGAACACAUACAGGAGAGAAACCCUAUGAAUGUAAUCAGUGUGGGAAAGCGUUUGCUCGUCACAGUACUCUUCAAUUGCAUGAAAGAACACAUAUUGGAGAGAAACCCUAUGAAUGUCAUCAGUGUGGGAAAGC